GGUAGAAAUUCGGACUCCCAACGCUCGACUUCGCCAAGCACUCGAUUUCCUAAUGAGGAUAGAGAAUAUUCUGUACUUUGGUACUUUCAAGCAUUCGGUGCAUUCGGUUGGUCCAGGGUAGCCUUUUUCGGAACAACCUGAACUCCAGUCGAGCCUCAUCUCAAGAUUUUUGGUUGCUAGCGACACAGCGUUGCGAUUGGGUCCAUCCGCCGUCGCCGUCGCCCUUCGAGUCCCUCCACUUCCCCAAUUGGCUGUCCCGACGCAAUUGGCAACGAUCCGUUGCGAACGCGUUGGUGCGGCCGUCUUCAUCAUGCUGCAGUCGCGAGUAUUCUCGCUCCCGCAGCGGAGGAUAUUGCUGGCCGGCAGCCAGCUCUCGUCCAUAUACCGAACCUACGCCACAACUCAACGGGCUGCACCCCCGCCAAACCCGAAGAGAGAUGUCGUCCCAUCUGUGCCCAAGGCCGACAAGGCGCCUCCGAAACCUGCCUCAACUAACAAAUCUGCGCGAGAAACCGCCGAGAUCUUACGGACAUACAAGCCUAGGACCCCCGGUUUGCGACAUCUGAAGCGUCCGAUCAAUGACCACUUAUGGAGAGGCAGGCCGUUCCUUCCCUUGACUUUCCCCAAGAAGGGUAUGGCCAAGGGUGGUCGUAACAACACCGGUAGAAUCACUGUUAGACAUCGCGGAGGUGGUGCCAAGAGGAGGAUAAGAACCGUCGACUUCCACCGUUGGUUAGCUGGCCCUCACACUGUCGAGCGAAUCGAGUACGAUCCCGGCCGUAGCGCCCAUAUCGCUCUUCUCAACGAGGACGCCACAAACAAGAAGACGUACAUCGUUGCGCCCGAGGGCAUGAGAGCCGGUGAUGUCGUCCAGAGUUACCGGGCUGGCAUUCCGCAAGAUCUCCUAGACAGUAUGGGCGGUGUCAUUGAUCCCGGUGUUUUAGCAGCCAAGACGGCUCAUCGUGGGAAUUGCUUGCCUCUACACCUCGUCCCUGUUGGCACGCCUGUGUUCAAUGUAGGAUCACAUCCGAAAGGUGGUGCUGUCUUUUGCCGCAGUGCUGGGACUUUCGCCGUGGUAGAGAGCAAGGAUGAAGAGAUGAGAGAGGAUGGUGUCAGGGUUAUGACGGGAAAGUAUGUCACAGUGCGUCUUCAGAGCGGUGAAAUCCGAAAGGUCAGCAAGGAUGCUUGUGCGACUAUUGGCGUUGCGAGCAACCCCCAUCACCAUUACCGACAGCUUGGAAAAGCUGGAAGGAGUAGAUGGCUCAACAUUCGCCCCACAGUCCGUGGUGUUGCUAUGAAUAAAGUGGACCAUCCUCAUGGUGGUGGUCGCGGUAAAUCGAAGGGUAACCGGCACCCAACUAGUCCAUGGGGCACACCGGCCAAGGGUGGUUACAAGACACGCAGGAAGAGUAACAUUAACAAAUGGGUCGUUGUGCCACGUGUGAGAAAUCAUGGCAAACGACGAGACAAGACUGCAUAGGCCGCUUCUCCUGCUUAGCCCUGUAUACUUCAUCCUAUAUAUGUACAAUCCUAGGCAUUUGCAGCAUAGCCUGUGUAUAGACUUGUAUAAUACGCAGACAUGAUCUGAACGGUGCUGUCAUGACUAUUGCAUUCACGAGGAUUAGGUUGGUAAGUAUUGAAACCAUUCUAUAAUGCCCUGUCGGACUAUUUCCCCUACGGUAGGAUGGUAGAAGCUAGGGCCUAUAGACAGCAUACGUUUCUUUGA